CACCCACAGUGGCGGCGGCGCUGACUGCGCUGAGCCAAGGCCGCCUCGUGGUGAUUGGUUGGCUUUCAGAGCCGGAAGUGCUCUUAGAAAUCAUGCGGGGCGGCAGGAGGGGAAACUGAGGCCGGGCAGAGCUCUCGGGUCUCCUGCUUCCCAGCUCGGGGCUCUGAGCCUUUGGAGGUCACCCAGCCACGACCUUGAACCAUGAGGAGGCUGGUCAGAGCCAGGGGGGAAGGGGUCUUGCCCAAGGUCACACAGCCCAGACCGCUCCUGCCGACUCUCCAACUGCGAAUUCCAGGGGGGCUCGGGGAGCCCCUGUAGAAAAGCCUAGGCCCCUGAUGUUUCCAACGGGCCGUGUCUUCUCGCUCUGCUGCCUGAAGUCACAGGAGGGAAGAAUUGCUGCUGCUGCUGACUUUUGAGUGGAUCUUACAGGGCUGGGAAUGGCCACACGGCAGGGUCAGCGGCCCCAGGUGGCCAAGCCAGCCUCAGAGGAGGAGCCACGCCCGCCCACGGGCCGGGAGCUGACAGAGGCCAACCGCUUCGCCUAUGCCGCCCUCUGCGGCAUCUCCCUGUCCCAGCUGUUUCCAGAAGCCGAGCACAGCUCCUUCUGCGCAGAGUUCGUGGGCGGCCUGGUGCAGUGGCUGCAGUUGUCCGAGGCCGUCUUGCCAACCAUGACUGCUUUUGCCGGCGGCCUGGGAGGCGAAGGAGCAGACGUGUUCGCCCAGAUCUUGUUGAAGGACCCCAUCCUGAAGGACGACUCGCUGGUGAUCACUCAGGACCUGCUGACCUUCUCCCUCAAGGAUGGGCGCUACGAUGCCAGGGCCAGAGUCCUCAUUUGCCACAUGAACUCCCUGCUCCAGGUGCCCUUGGAGGAGCUGGAUUUCCUGGAAGAGACGUUCCUUGAGAGCCUGAAGGAAACCAAGGAGGAGGAAUCUGAGGUGGCCGAGGCAUCACGGAAGAAGAAAGAAAACAGGAGGAAAUGGAAGCGCUGUCUCCUGAUAGGCCUGGCCACUGUUGGAGGCGGAACGCUGAUCGGCGUCACUGGGGGCCUGGCUGCCCCGCUCGUGGCCGCCGGAGCUGCGACCAUCAUCGGCAGUGCCGGGGCGGCAGCCCUGGGCUCCACGGCCGGCAUCGCUGUCAUGACCUCGCUGUUCAGUGCGGCUGGAGCUGGCCUGACAGGAUAUAAGAUGAAGAAGCGCGUCGGGGCCAUUGAAGAGUUCACGUUCCUGCCUCUGACGGAGGGCAGGCAGCUGCACAUCACCAUCGCCGUCACCGGCUGGCUCGCAUCUGGCAAAUUCCGCACCUUCAGCGCCCCGUGGGCCGCCCUGGCCCGCAGCUGUGAGCAGUACUGCCUGGCCUGGGAGGCGAAGUACCUGAUGGAGCUCGGCGAUGCCCUGGAGACCAUCCUCAGUGGCCUUGCCAACAUGGUGGCCCAGGAGGCCCUAAAGUACACAGUGUUGUCAGGCAUUGUGGCCGCCCUGACCUGGCCAGCCUCACUCCUCACUGUCGCCAACGUCAUCGACAACCCCUGGGGUGUGUGUCUCCAUCGAUCCGCAGAGGUUGGCAAGCACCUGGCCCACAUCCUGCUCUCCCGGCAGCAGGGCCGGCGACCCGUCACCCUGAUUGGCUUCAGCCUGGGGGCCAGAGUCAUCUACUUCUGUCUGCAAGAGAUGGCGCAGGAGAAAGAUUGCCAGGGGAUCAUUGAGGAUGUCGUCCUGCUGGGAGCACCCGUGGAAGGAGAAGCCAAGCACUGGGAGCCCUUCCGGAAGGUGGUGUCCGGGAGGAUCAUCAAUGGCUACUGCAGGGGAGACUGGCUCCUGAGCUUCGUGUACCGCACGUCGUCUGCGCAGCUGCGCGUCGCCGGCCUGCAGCCCGUGCUGCUGCAGGACAGGAGGGUGGAGAACGUGGACCUGUCCUCGGUGGUCAGCGGCCACCUGGACUACGCCAGGCAGAUGGACGCCAUCCUGAAGGCGGUGGGCAUCCGCACCAAGCCGGGCUGGGACGAGAAGGGGCUCCUGCUGGCCCCGGGCGGCCAGGCGGCCUCCGCAUCACGAGAGGCCACCCACCAGGCGGGGCCCACCCAGGCUCCCACACCGGGAGGCACCGACCCCAGCCCAGGCCAGGCGCCAGCAGGGCCAGACCAGUCUGAGGGGGCCUCGCUCCCCGCUGCUGCCAGCUCCGCGGAGAGCGCCUGCGUCUGCAGCCAUGGCGCGGGCCCCAACCCGCUGGGCUGCCCCGACUGUGCACACGAGACCCAGGGGCCCUGCCCAGGGCUGGACUGAGCGCGGCGGGGGCUGAGCCGUCUUCCCAGAUGGCCGCGUGCGGCCCACUCUCACGCACGCGGGUCCUCGCGGGACUCUGAAGGUGUAGGUGGAUUUCCCCACGUGUCUUUGCUAAGGUGAAGGAAUUGGAACUGGAAGGAAGGGGGCCUUGGGGACAAAACACUCCCUCCCUGAGCAGGCCGGGCCAGACGCCUGCGGAGUCAGCCAAGCACAGGCAGAGCCAGGGACUCUGCCCAGCCGUGGGCUUCCUGCACUUCUGCCGCAGCUGUGGGUCUGGAGCCCGGGGCUCCCAUGCCGCCCCUCCCCUGGCCUCAGGAAAGCUGGGUGCCCUCCUGCCUUCCACCCGCACUCCAGGGCUGCCCCAGCCCACCGGCACCACCACCCAGCACCAACGGAGCAGGCACGGGGCAAAAGGGGCAGCUUAUUCCUUCUGCCCUUAGGAGAGCCAAACACAUCUGCCCCAUACAGCCACGCAGGCUGUGCACUGCACAACUGCAGGGGCAUCACUCACAGAUACGUGUGAGUGGCGCCCUCCAGAGUUGUGCGACGUGAAUACGUGCUGAAUCAGCAUUCAGUGUGGCUGGGAUCCCGGCCUCCUGGCAAGAGUAAAUUAUACGGGGAAGGGAUUUCCUGUAGCAGGAACAGAGGUGGUUAACAAUACAUAACAACAAUGGCU